CAACAAGAAGAGCAGCGAGCAGCAGCCAGCAGACACAUAGUGAUACGCAGCAGCGACCGUAGGAGGAGAGGGGCAAAAAAAAAAAUACAUAAAACACAGAGCACGACUUUCUGAAAGUACGAUUCUGUCGAGUGAAUACGUUUACAGUGUUUAAAGAGACCAAUGCAUACAAUAUAUUGGCUGUAGACACGCCGGUCUGGUAGCUACAAACAGUAAAAGUGGUGCAAAGGGAGGAGGACAGGAAAUAAAGGAGUUACCUGGAGGGUCUCCGUCAAUCCACAUUUCAGUUGGAGCGCGAGGAAAAGGCACAGGGAGGGAGAGAGAGACAAAGAAAAAGGAGAAGAGGAGUGCGAGUCGCGUCUGCUCUUGGCAGCUGUUCCAGCAGCCUGUUUCAUUGUUUCGGCUGUUAUUUCGUUCCUGCGUUACCUUUUUUUGAUGAAUCAGUUCAUAUUUUUAACUUUAAUGUGAGAUAUAACUGCUGUAUAUAUAUAAAUAUAUAUAUAAAAAAAAAACACAAACAAAAAAAAAAAGAGAGAGAAAACAUUAUUACUAGCAAGAGUGUUUUAUUUUGUUCCAUCGUUAAUUUCCAAGGUUCUUUUCGUUUCUUUUUUAUGUUUAACAACCUUUUUCGGCUGUGAGUAGCAGGAGCUUCCAUUCUCCAAACUAUUGUCAAAACCCCCUUCCUUACCUAGUUAGGACCUGAUAACCUGGUAUUCCUCAAGCACCUGAAACUGGCAGCUAUUCUCUUUGUGUCUGUGUGUUUGGGGAGCUCUGUGACCACAGCUUAAGCACCACUCAGCCUUCUAGUCACCUAAGCCUAACUAAAUCCAGCCAGCUCUAGCCUGGUCCAGCCCAGUCCAGCCUGCUCCGAUCAUCUGGACAGGAUACUCAGUUCUGUGUGGACGUGAGGAAUAUGACUGCUGAGACUCUUAACUUCGGCCCAGAAUGGCUCCGUGCACUGUCCAGUGGGGGGAGUGUGACAUCCCCCCCUCCUUCCCCCGCCAUGCCAAAGUACAAGCUGGCCGAGUAUCGCUACGGCCGAGAGGAGAUGUUAGCACUUUAUAUCAAAGACAACAAGGUCCCAGAAGACAUGCAGGAUAAGGAGUUUGCUGCUAUUCUGCAAGAUGAGCCCAUGCAGCCACUGGCACUGGUGCCUCUCACUGAGGAGGAGCAGAGGAACUUCUCCAUGUCUGUGAACAGUGUGGCGGUGCUGAGGCUCAUGGGAAAAGGGGUGGGUGGGGCUGCCCCGGCCGGAGUGGUGCGAGGACGAGGGGCCACACGAGGCGGUCGAGGCCGAGGCCGUGGUGAAGGUGGAUUCUACCAAAGAAGUAUUGAAGAAGCGGAGGUUGGUUUUGGCCGCAGCGUCCGAGAGAUACAUCGCAGCCAGAGCUGGGAUGACCGGGGUGAGCGUCGAUUCGAGAAGCCGCUACGGCGGGAGGUGGUGCGUCCUGGCUUUGAGGAGACUGGAGGUCCCGGGGGCCCAGGGAGGAAGGAGUUUACAAGGGCUGACAGCGAUAAUUGGCGCACUCUCCGCGAGGAGCAGGAGGAGGAAGAGGGGGGGGAGCCGGGCACCAACUGGAGACUCGCUGGACCCCGCAGGGAUGAUGGUGGUCCUCGCUCAGCAGGCUGGCGGGACCACAGUGGUCCAGGAGAGAGCCGUCGAAGGAAGUUCGAUUUCGACUUCCGGGACUCUGACGGUCACGGUGGUAGCGGCCGCCGGCGCGCAGGCAGCGAGGGACUAGAGGAUGACAGGGACGGCCUGCCCGAGUGGUGUACAGAUGAGGAAGACGGGGAGAUGGGCACUUUUGACUCCUCUGGAGCUUUCAUGACUAUGAAGAAGAGCGGAAAGGAGACAAUCCUGGAGGAAGAGUUUGAGUUUAAGGGGAUAGAGGAGGAGGAAGAGGAGGAGAGCUUCGCUGACAUGGAGAGGAACAGUGCUGACGGAGACAAAGACAAAGAGAGUAAAGAAGCCGGCUCUGCUUACAUUGAUGGGGAGACAAAGCCAGCAUCACCCUCCACCUCUCCCCCUAUCCACUGUACCCCUCCAUCCCUGGAGCUCCCAGGAGGCCCAAUGGUGGACAACACUCAUCUGAGCAACAGCCACCCUGCUAAGGCUUGCACUACAAUUUGUGAAGACGCGGCUCCGGUAGGGGGCUCCAAGGCCCAGCUGAGCCCCAGCGUCUCCACUUCCUCCACUCUGCCUCCCCCACCCCCUUCCUCUGCUGCUCCUCUCCUCCCACUGUCUGGAGGAGACACCGAGGACGACGAGGGCAUGAAGCACCUGCAGCAGGAGGCAGAAAAAAUGGUGGCAUCACUUCAGGACACUUCUUUGGAGGAGGAGUGUUUCACCCAGACUCUGCAGCAGGAGAGCAGGAACACAGCAGCCGCUCUGCCGCUGUCUCACGAGGCCGCCAUGAAGUGGUUCUACAAGGACCCACAGGGAGAGAUCCAGGGUCCAUUCACCACUGUGGAGAUGUGCGAAUGGUUCCAGGCAGGCUACUUCACCAUGACCCUAUUGGUGAAGCGGGGCUGCGACGAGGGCUUCCAACCCCUGGGGGACGUCAUAAAGAUGUGGGGCCGCGUACCGUUCGCCCCAGGGCCCUCCCCGCCGCCCCUGCUGGUGAGACAGCCACCACCAACGCAGCGCCCGCAGCCCACCCGGGGGCCCGCUGGGACUGUGAGUCAGAGCACAGCCAACAUAGAGGAUGGGAAGGGGAGGAUGCAGAGGAGAGGAAAGAUUGAUAGACAGGUCACGGGAAAUCUGGACCAGGACCGCCUGAAAAAGCAGCAGGAGCUGGCAGCGGCAGCUCUUUAUCAGCAGCUCCAACAGCAGCAGCUAUUCCAGCUCAUUAACAGGUGCAGUGAGCAGGGUAUGAUGCCUUCGAUGAACAGGUCGAUGUCAGUGCCAGAUACAGGGUCCAUGUGGGACAUGCAUACCUCAGCUUCACAGCCGUCAGGCGGUGAAGCCAGUCUUUGGGACAUAACAAUGAAUCCUUCUACUCAGGGUCCAACUCUCGAACAGCUUCAAAAGCUCCAGCAGGAGAGGCGAGACGCUGAACUCAGGGCGAAGCGUGAGGAGGAGGAGCAGCGCAAGAGGAGGGAGGAGAAGAGGAGGCAACAGGAGGAGCAAAAGAGGAGGGACGAGGAGGAUCUCUUCAGACGCAAGCAGCAGUGUCGUCAGCAGCAGGAACUGAUCAUGAAGUUGCUGCAGCAGGCCCCCCAACAGCAGGGGCCUGGGGCAAGCAGCUCAAGCUGGAGCGGGGCCUCCUCCUCCGGGCUCACCAAGUCAGGAAAGACCCAGGCUAUGGCUCUACUGGAAAUGCAGCAGGAGGCCGAAAGGCUGCUGAAACAGCAGCAGCAACAACAGAGAGCCCAGCAGCAGAGAGAACGCCACUCCGGCAUGUCGAUGGGGAGUUCUUCCAUGGGAGGUCAGUGGGCGGAUGGCGUCGGCAUGUGGGGCGGUCCUGGAGGCAUGGAGGGUAAGGGUGGCAGCGGAAGCUCUUCAGGCAGCAUGGGCAUGUGGGACGAGGCUGUGAAGAACCAGGCCAGCCUGCGUGGCAACAGCAACAACAACAUGGGUUUGAAGAGCAGCCGCAGCAGCCCAUCACUCAGUGAUCAGUACAUGAUGCGUCGGAAGCGGACGGAGGAGGAGGAGAAGCUGCUGAAGCUGUUGCAGGGCAUGAAGCCUCAGGACGGCUUCACCACCUGGUGUGAACAGAUGCUGCACGCUCUCAACACCUCUGCCAACAACUCCUCUUCCUCUCUGGAUGUUGCAACAAUUGUGGCAUACCUGAAGGAGGUGGAGUCUCCCUAUGCAGUGCUGGACUUCAUCCGGUCCUACCUAGGGGACACAGUGGAAGCCAAAGAGUUCGCCAAACAGUUUCUGGAGCGACGUGCCAAACAGAAAGCCAACCAACAGAGACAGCAGCAGCAGUUAUCAAAGGAAGUGGCUGGAUUGAACAUGAACUUCCCUCUGCAGGACUCAAUGCGAGGUAUGAAUCCAAGCACCCUGCAGUCCAUGUUUCAAGCCAACCACAUGGGCAAGGCUGGUCUCUAUGACAACCAGGGGGGAAAGAUGAAGAAGAAACAGCCCAUGAUGCUGCACUCUGACCCCAGCAUCUUAGGGUACUCAUUCCACAACGCGGGCGACUGUCUGAGCCUGAAUGAGAUGGAGAUGGUGGAGGAUUACUGAUGUGACGCAGCGCAGCAGCAAUAGCUACCUGAGGCCUUCUGUCUUUUAAUCAGACAAACCUGAUGACGAAUGUGCACUGCUGGGGGAAACGGGGGGUGGGGGUGGGGGUGGGAGUUGGUGGUGGCGGUGGUGGGAGUAGGAAAGGAGCGAGCGUGAUGGGAGGUGCAGGGUGGAGGCGCCUGGAUCUGCGCCCUCCCACCCUUUCCUCAUCCCAAAAGGAGAAAAAAAAAGGGCUCCCUGCUGCACCAGUUGAUCACUUGAGCAGGGGAGAGGGGGGGGGGGUGAGGUUAAAAGGAAGAUGGGUAUCCUCUGGCACUCAAAAGAUUAAGCACCUUAUACUGAACUAAUGCACUUUAUUGAGAUGGGAUUUGAAUAGGUUUUUUUUUUUUUUUCCAUGUGUGUAUGUAUGCGUGUGUUCAGAAUCAAUGCGCAUAUGGUGUGUGUGUGUUACACAUUAUCCGUGCGCAUGUGCAUCGGAACUGGAAGGGGGCGGAGAAACAGUCGUUGGGGGUGAACGGUCGGGCUGUUAGGUUUUCAAAGUCAGGGGGACCUUUAGUUGAAACCUUAUCAGAGAGCAAAUCCUUUCUCGAAAGACAAACACUGUUGAUAUUUCUCUUGUUUAGCAUUUUUUUUACGUUUAUAUAAAAAGUUAAAGCUAUUGAAAAAUGGAUUAUAAAAAAACUUGAAGAUUUGCACUUGCCUAAAAAAGAAAUAACAAAAACAACAAAAAAAAUCAAACAAAUGGGGUUAGUUAUAGAAGUGAAUAUUUUUGUGAAUGUGUAUGAAUGACUGAGUGACUGAUGUGUGAUGGUUGGUUUGUGUCAGUAAUAUACCAGUCUGCACAAUGUUUUUUUUUUCUUUCUUUAGUUGCUUACCAAGAUGUAUGAAACAUAAGAGGCCAUUUUUGUCUUUUUUGUUCAAAUGUUAAUUUUUUGUAUUCUCAUGUUAAGAGUGGUCGCGUGUUUGUGUCCCUUCUCCAAACGGGGACUCGAUCUGUUUGUUAUGAGAGUGAGUGUGUGAACGAACGAGAGAGAGAGGGCAAUUGCACAACACAUCCUUUCUCUCACCAGCUCUUCAUCCCCAGAUAGACGAAAAUAGAAGUGCAUACAUUUGUAAAUGUUAGCUUUGCGCUCAUCACACGAUGACCACCACUAGUUUAUUUCCCUUUGCUUCUCCCUCCGGGGAGCUGUCUCUAGACCUGUGAGGACUAGAAGACAGGGCGAAUCAUGAGGGACAUUACUGUGUGUGCAUCAGAAUGAGACUUUGUACGAGUGUGUGUGUGAGAGAGAAAGUGUGUGUGUGUUUUCAGUGUGCAUGUUCAUUUACUGUUCAUAGAAAUGAGUUAAGACUACAGGUACUCAUUUUGAAUACAUGUGCUUUUUUGUAUGUGUAUGAAUGCACAUUUGUGCCUAAGAACUUGGAUAGGGUGCGUGGCCAUUGAGACAUUAACUCUUUUUUGAGAGCGAGUGUGGCGUGUGUCAGUGCUCAGCACAGUGUGUGUAAAGUAUGUAAGUUUAUAUCGUAAAUAUUUGUAGUUCAGUCUAGGGGUGAUCCAUCGGAAGGUUAGUCCAGUCUGUUUUUUCCUGGGGUGUGAUCACGUUGCCUUUUGUCAGCUCUCGAACUUGUGAAUGAAAGGUGUCGAGUUUCUGACUCUGAAAAAAAAAAAAAUACAGCAUCUUAAUGUGCAAGUGCACAGAACGGUGCAUGACAUGUUAGCAUAUUGUGUUACUUCUUCGUUGUUGCAAUUUGAUAAUGACGAGUUUUCUUUUUUUAAUGAAAAAUAUAUAUGAAUAUAUACAUUAUAUACAAAGUUUAAAAAGUAUUUGGACUAAGAUAAUGAGCACUUGGGGCUGCUAUUUUUGUUGUGUGUUUUUAAUUUUUUUUUUUUUCCUUAAUUUGUUUUUCAUUUUUGUUUCAUUAUCGCCAUGUGAAGUGUGUAUUAUUUCUUUCUUAAGAAAAAUAUUGAAUGUAUUCCAAAAAAAUGACAAGAAACCCGUGCUGAUACCAGAUUUUUUUUUUUUUUCCUCAGAAGAUUUCAAAAAUGGAAACAAAAUACAAAAAAGCUUCAAAGAGUUUAGCGAGGUCUUUUUUUUAUUUACACAGUGGAGAAGAAAAAAAAACUCGGGAUGGAUACAGUUGAACACACUGCCUCUACAAUCCUGGUCGUACAAGUAGUGACUAAGAAUUAAAAGAAAGGACUCUUUCUAUUCCAUACUGGAGCUUUGGUUGUUUACAAACCACAUGGAUAUCCGUGGGUGCAGUUUUUUUUGUUUUUAUUUUAUUUUUUUUCCGUUCCCACAUGAGACGGGUGGGGUUUGCAAGUGCGCUUCUGCCAUAUGGACAUUGAGUGGUGUUUUUUUUUUUUUUUGAGGAAGAGUGGCAGGCAUCACAACAACAUGGACAAGAUCCUCUAACUGGACUUUUUUGUGUGGUCGUGGAUCCUGAGACUUGAUGAUCAACCACGGAGCAAAGGCGGGAAAAUCAAGGAUCGACUCUGUUUUGUGUAGAACGGAGUGCAGGGCUACAGAACCCUAGAGGGAACUGAGAGGGCAAUAUGAGUACACCUGGUUAGUGCGCUUGUCCUCACCUCAACCCUCAUAAGCACUCACACCCUGCCCUCACCAACUCACCUAUGCACUUUUGUUCAUUCAAGCUGUGAGGUACCAUUUUGGGGAUGGGAGCACAAUUUACAACAGGAGGAUUGCUACGACUUUGACAAAGUCACUGAAAAGAUAUUCCCAAACUGAAAUAAGAGACUCGAGAAGGUUGUCUUCUCCAACCUCCUGUAUAUAACCAUAUUUUUGUAUUACCUUUCUGAGUAGAAAGAAAAAUGGAUGAAGGAAAAUUCAUGAGACAUUGAUUAUAUGGAGUGAAUGUUCUUAAAAAAAACCCCAAUCUUUUUGAAUAUAGUUUAAGAUAGACUCGUGGUGCAUUUCCCUUAUUUUGCCAGUAACCCUGAAACAAUCGGGGGUGGAAGGGAAAGCCACAUGGACUGAGGUGUUGGACAUGCUACAGUGGCUCCAAGACUGAGUGAUAGCUACUUAUCAAAAUGGAUGUUGCAGUGGCUACAGAUGUCCCCACCCAAGAGUGUUUGAUCAACAGACAAAGUUUAAAAAAAAAAAAAAAAGGCAGUAAUGGUUUCGAAGAGCUGUUGGCAAGGACACUUCGUCUCCCAACCUGCUGCCUGCCUUGAGAGCCGUAGAGUCCUUGGCAUUGGAGUUUGGCUGUGCUUCAUUCGCUGCCCUCUGCGAGGAGCAUCUAAUCUACAGCCAACCCAUGAACCAGUUAACCCUAAACCUAUCCUUUUGAACUAAAACCCUAAGAAACUUUUCUGUCUUGACCUUGGACUGGGCAGGCCAUUGGCAUUAUCAGUUGGACAGUUACCAGAUGAAGUUACAGGUUCUUAUCGACCGUGGAUCCCAUCUGGGUUUGGAAGUGUUAGGUUUGGGAUUUGAUCGUGCACUCUCCGCCAAGGAAGAGGAUAGAGAGGCACGAUCUGCUCAGAUGUCGUCAUCCUCCUCAGCUUGAAACUCUCGGGCGGCCGCGCGGAGGUCUUCUUCUAACCAGCGGGAUGGAAGACCUGCCCUCCCGCCCAGAUGUCAGAGACCGAGAGCUGGGGUCGGGGUUGGAUGGACACGGCUGAAUUAGAUCUAAGCCGCCACAAAUCCCUGCAGCUGUAGAACUGGAUGAACUGAAGAAUUGUACAAAAAAAAAAAAAAAGACUUUGAAACAUAAAACACAUACACUUAGCUACACACCACAUAUAUUCUAGAGUGUAAAAAGGAGUUGCAGACACACUACAUGCACACCUACAGCAGAAGCAACAUACACUCAGUUAAAAUUGGCUCUCCUCUUGAACCACAUCUACACACAUAACAGGGCUACAUUAGUAUCACAUCACACAAUAGAGUUACACACACACACACAAGCGUCAAUGCUCAUCACUAUAAACGCUGAGCCUUGUAAAUAAUGUAAAAGUUUGUGUUUUGAUUUUUUUUUUUCUCAUAGUGGUUUUUGCUUUAUUUCUCUGUUCAACAUGCCUUAAAUUGUAUAGUUCAGUCCUGAACAGCUAACUGAAAAUGUUCUUGAAACGACGCUGAGUUUAAGUUGGACACAACCUUGUUAAAUACCUUAAGUGAAAAAAAGAGGAGCUUUUUCUACAAGACUGUUUUCUGUUGACUAACAGAACUGUCUGUUCUGUAAUAACCUGCUACAUGUACAUCUGAUCAACGGGAAAGUUACUAGUUAGCUACAGAAUAGAGCAGCAAGCUGUUCUCGACUAUUAUUUUUGCUGGUUGUUGGCUUUUUUUGCCCUUUUGGUUUCCUUUCCAAUGAAGAGUGGAUUUGUUCAGAUUUCCUGUUUAGAUUAUUGCUGAAGGUGCAGGCUUAAUAAAGGGCUGAAGUCUGUACUGUGUGGAGCUGAACUAACGGGGGUGCAAUGAAUAAGAAUUAGCUUGAAGAACAGACUUGUUGCUGUGUGACAAAAGAUUGCAGUAAUACUGUUGGAUAUUGCAACAGAUACCCGGAUUAAGACUAUACUGAACCAGAGUGAGAGGUAAUCCUCAAUUUGAGAUACAAGCUGGGGCUUUUUGGUUCAUUUUUUUACACUCCGGGGGACUUUUUUUUACAGUUUUGAGAUGAUGUCUCAGGCCUGUAUUAGAAACAUGAUUGUUAGGGCAAGCUUGCAUUACUUGUAAUAAUUGUGGGUUUUGACACUAGACCUUGUGAAGGGGCAGAAUUUGGCCUAUGUUCUCUUUCAACCAUCUCUGAUGGCACCGACUAGAUAAGGAAUGGACCAGUCAGUCAUGUGUUAGCUGAAGGGAGAUUCCAUGCCAGGAAAUUUUGGAAAGUGUCUUGUAUAUCUAAUUGGAUUUGACAAAUAAGUGCUUUUAGUCAACCAUUCAUUUUUUUGUACCAUAGAUAAUCAAUAUGGAGUUUUUAAUCCAAGUAGCAUCUGAUAUUCAUUGAUUACCAUCAGAUAAGAAUUGUAAUAAACUUUGUAUAUUUGUCAGCUGGGAUGGUGAUGGAUAGUUACCUGUCAUAGCUAACUGUGUUUACUAGAGUAGCCACAGCCUCUAGUGUGCCAUAACUGUUUAAUUGAUACUGAAUUAUACUAAAUGGUUACCAAGUUUAAUGUAUCAGAUUCCAAAACAGAGAAAUUGACUUUAACCAAUGAGUAUGCCAUCAAGUCUUUAUUUGUGAAUGACUUUAAAAAAAACUAACCUUUUUAAACACUGAUAUUGGGUGGUGCUAGUUGUUGGUCAGUCUGUCUGUCUUAAAAGGGUAAAACAUAGUUGGCAGUUUAUUGUACUGCACUACAAUGGUUUUUAUGAUUAGAUAAACUGCAGUAUUGUGUUCCCAAAAAGCCCUGGGUGUUUGGUCGCAGCCUUUUGAAAAGAUAACGAUGGUAUGUAGUUGAUCUCCUGGUUCAUUUGUCACUCUGGUAGUUGUCGUUCCAACAAUAUUGAUCUAAAAAAGAUAUGAUGACAAUGAUACCCCAGUUAGCUCAGCUCCUUUGCUUUAAUAAGUCUUUGAAUGUUGUUGAAAAAUGACAGCGUACAUGUAACGAAACCCUUACAGAAAAGAACAACUGAAAGAUAUGUAAAUAGUUUUUGCUUUUUGUUUGUUUGAAGAACAAAAUAAAUACUGAAUAAAUAGCA